GGAUACCACGUCAGUGGUAUCCAGUACCAAUAAAAAUACAACACGUCACUCUACAUUAACGUUGCUAAUUCAUCAUACAACGGAGAUAGCAUUUAACGGAAAAUUGAAACCUCCGUUAAGGUUGUCGACAAAAUCGCCGGCUAAGUUCCGCUUAAAUUCAGUAACAUAUCUUGAAUUUCAUAUGCAAGCUUUCUAAAAUUUGUCAAGCAACUUGAAAAUGUGUAGAAUGGAAAGUUUAAAACCUGGGAAAGAAAGAAAAUUCAUGAGAAAUUGAAGGAGAUCCAAGAAAGGAACUCAAAAGGAGAGCCCGAUCAGAGAGGAAGAGGGGAAUCUGAGAGAAAUUAAAGAGAUUUUCUUUUCUAAAUUGAAAAUUUUGAGAGGCUAAAUUGAAAAAACCUGGGAUGUUUUUCUGAUGCCUUUCAUCAAAAUGGGUAAGAAUAAUUUUACCUUAUAGUUGGCGAGAAGACUUUCCAGUUUUUUUGAGAAAUAACGAGAUUGUUGCAUUACAAAGACCGCCAAACGGCAUCUACAAAGAUAAUAAACAAUAAAAUUACAUCUGGAACGAAAGGAUCAGAGCAGACCUAUACACAGAGGCCGAAGGGAGGUGCACUUGACACUCGAACAACCACUAAGGACCCGGUGAGACCACGGCCUUUGGUCGAGCGAUCCAAACGGGACACCCUUCAAUCUACCCUUGGAGAAGUUGCGCCAGGCUAGAGAAUGCCGGGGCGGGAAACCGAGCGGCGGCGGCGAUCACCCGGAAGCAGCAGCGGGCCGCGAUGGACGCCAGAUCUGGAACUCCCGCGAGCGCCGCCACAGAUCAGCCGGAAGAGGGGAGGGCGCCGGAUCUGUACAAACACAACCAAGAAACAGCAAAACAACCAAGCAAACCCACCCAAAAACAGAAAAAGAAACUGAAAAAGCAAAAGCCACCAGAGGGGCCAACAAAACCAGAGGGGCCAACAAAACCGACAGGCCUCGAGGGCCAUCGGAGCACGGAGCACAGGGGCUCCACCAUGCUUGAGCAGCCGGGGGGCCCGACGGCUCAAGCAUCAAAACGCGGAAGCCCGAAGGCUUCCGAUCAAAACAGAGGGUCGCCGAUAAGGGAGGUCAGGAGCAGGGAGAAGAAAGGGGAAAGCGUUUCUCUCUUCCAAACUACUGAACCAAACAUGGCUGCUGAUCUGAUCCUCGGUUCUGUUUUGGAUGUCACCUUAUACAAGGUGAUUUCAGCUGUUAACGAGCAGCUCGACUUACCUGUCGGAUUCAAGAAGGAGCUGAGGAGGUUUGAUCGCAAGCUGAAAAUGAUCCAGGGUGUGUUGCAGGAUGCAGAGCAGAAGGGAAUGGUAGGCGACCCUGCUCUGAAGUCUUGGCUUGAAGGGCUUCGGAGUCAAGCUGAAGAGGCUGACGAUAUGAUGGAUGAAAUUGCAUAUGAAAAUCUGCGGUGCAAGGUAGCUCAAAUGUGGGAAAAGGUCAGCUACUUCUUUACUCUUUCCAAUCCUUUAGCUUUUCGCCUUAAGAUGGCGAACAGGAUUAAGAGUUUAAAUUCAGAACUAGCUGGCCUUUAUGAGACAGCCAAUGGGUUAGGGCUGCAAAAUAGAUUAACAAACAAGCAUCCUGAACAUAUAGAAAUCCAACCAACAGAUUCCUCUGAUCCAUCAAAAAUGGUAGGAAGAGAAAAUAAGGUCCUAGAAGUUGUUCAAUCAUUGAUUAACUCAAGUAAUGAUCAACCUUUCCUUGUUGUAUCCAUAGUGGGUAUGGGAGGCAUAGGCAAAACUACUGUGGCCAAACUAGUGUGUAACAAUGAGCAAAUACGGAGUCAUUUUUCCAAAAUAAUGUGGAUUUGCGUUUCUGAAAAUUUUAAUUUGAAGCAAAUUUUAGUAGAAAUGUUGCAAGCUUUUGAUGAAAAUGUUUCUGUGGAUGUAAAUCAAGAUAUUGUAGUCCGGAAACUACAGGAAAAUCUGAGGGAGGAAAAUUAUCUCCUCAUAUUAGAUGAUGUAUGGAAUGAAGAUCGACAAAAAUGGGAAUUCUUCAGGAGCUGUUUGUCAGGAAUAUGUAAAAAUGUUGGGAGUAGGGUUCUUAUCACAACUCGAAGUGAAAAAGUAGCUUCCACAAUGGAAACACUUUCUGAGCACAUGCAUCAUCUUGAGAAACUAACCAAUGAGGAUUGCUGGUCUAUAAUCAAGCAGAGAGCAUUUGGCAACUCGUCAUUCCCUUCAGAAUUGGAGGGGAUUGGCAGGGAUAUUGCUAGUAAGUGUGGAGGUUUAGCAUUAGUUGCAAAUAUUAUUGGGGGGAGUUUGUGGAAUAAUAGGAAGAAGGAUGACUGGUUGUCAAUUAAAGAUAAUAAUGUAUGGCGUUCAAUGGAAGAAGCUGAGGUUGUUCUACGAGUGUUGCAGUUGAGUUUCAAUCGCUUGCCAAUACCUGCUUUGAAGCAAUGUUUUGCUUUCUGUUCUAUUUUCCCUAAAGAUCUUGUCAUGAAAAAGGAGAUGUUAAUCCAGCUCUGGAUGGCUGAAGGAUUUCUUCAGCCAUUUAGUGAAACACACGUGGAGAUGGAGGAUGUUGGUGAUAAGUAUUUCAAUGCAUUGUCAUCAAAUUCUUUAUUUCAAGAUGUUAAAAGAGAUCCUUAUGGGAGCAUUAUUACUUGCAAAAUGCAUGAUUUAAUUCAUGAUCUUGCACAAUCUGUUUCAAAGUCCCAAACUUUGAUUUUGGAAGAUGGUAGCCGAAGAAAUAUUCCUGCAAACAUUCAACAUUUGAAUGUCAUUUCUGAUAAGGAUACGACGACAACAACAAAAUUAGGGGAUGCCCCUAAAAAAUUGCACACUUUGUUUUCACAAAUUGAUGUCUUUCACAGUAUGUCAACGAACUUGAGAAAGGUGCGGGUUCUCAGUUUCUGUGGAGCUGAUAUUGAUGAGUUGCCAGCUUUUUUGGGGAAAAUGAAGCAUUUAAGGUUCUUGGAUGUUUCAGAAACUAAAAUCAAAGAACUUCCCAAGUUCAUCACUAAGCUCUAUCAUUUGCAAACAUUUAGAUUUAUGUAUUGCUACAGAAUUGAAAGGCCUUUGGAAGGAAUAUGGGAUUUACUCAAUUUGAGACACAUUUGUUUCAGUGAUGAAAAGCUUAUGCCAGCAGGGAUUGGUAGACUGACUUGUCUGAAAACAUUACAAUUAUUUGUUGUGGGCCAACAGAAGGGACAUCAAAUUGGAGAAUUGAGAUGGUUAAGCCAACUCAGGGGAAAAUUAAAGAUUUGUAAGUUGGAUAUGGUUAGAGACAAAGAAGAAGCCAUGGGAGCAAGACUUUCUGAAAAGGAUGCAAUUCAGGAGUUGCAAUUGGUGUUUGGUGAGAAAUCCAGUGGUAGUGAAGAUAGAUGCACACAAGAUGAAGACAUCUUGGAAGGCCUCCAACCUCAUUCAAAUUUGAAAGGCCUAACUAUUGAAUGCUACUGUGGUAAAAGCUGUCCUUCAUGGAUGUUAGAAACAAAAAAUUUUCUCAAAAAUCUGAUGUUCAUGACCUUUUCUGCAUGUCCCUGGUUGGAAAGCAUUCCAUCAUUGUCACUCAGCAAGGAAGCAAAGGUGGAAAUUAAUUGUUGCAAGAAUUUGAAAAGCAUUGCAGAUUCGUCCCUUCAGAAACUCAUCAUUAAGAAAUGUGAAGAACUGGUUGGGAUAGAGGUUGGACCAGUUGCCAUGAAGUCUCUCAAAGAAGUACACAUAGAGAGUUGUGGUAAAUUGGUAAAUCUACCAAUGAUUAGUAAAUUACAAUCUCUUGAGGUACUUGAACUUCAACAACUCAAGGAAUUGAAGAUGACUGGAGAUGAUGCUCAAUUUAACUCCACGUGUCUACAACAGUUAAAAAUUCAGGAUUGUGAUAGCCUGAUGUCCAUGCCCAGUGGAGAUGGGCUGUCCUCUCUUCAGAAAAUUGAAAUAUGGGGGUGUGGGCAAUUGAAAAGCAUAGUAGAGGAUUUAUCUACUGCCACGUGUCUCAAAGAGUUGACUGUAGAGAUGUGCAAUGGUUUGAUGUCCUUUCCGAACCUCCAUGGGCUGUCCUCUCUUCAAAAAAUUGAAAUAUUCAGGUGUGGGCAAUUGAAAAGCAUAGGAGAGGAUUUAUCUACUGCCACGUGUCUCAAAGAGUUGACUAUAAUAGGGUGCGAUGGUUUGAUGUCCUUUCCAAACCUCCAUGGGCUGUCCUCUCUUCAAAGAAUUGAAAUAGGCGGGUGUGGGCAAUUGAAAAGCAUAGGAGAGGAUUUAUCUACUGCCACGUGUCUCAAAGAGUUGAUUGUAAAGGAGUGCAAUGGUUUGAUGUCCUUUCCAAACCUCCAUGGGCUGUCCUCUCUUCAAAAAAUUGAUAUAAGCAGUUGUGGGCAAUUGAAAAGCAUAGGAGAGGAUUUAUCUACUGCCACGUGUCUCAAAGAGUUGACUGUAUGGGAGUGCAAUGGAGAGGAUUUAUCUACUGCCACGUGUCUCAAAGAGUUGACUGUAUGGGAGUGCAAUGGUUUGAUGUCCUUUCCGAACCUCCAUGGGCUUUCAUCUCUUCAGACUUUAUGGAUAAGGGGUUGUCGUGGAUUAAGAAGUUUGCCAAGUGGGUUGCCAUCAUGCACUGCUCUUGAGAAAUUGGCUAUCACCAACUGUCAUAAUCUAAUCUCUAUUCCAGAUGAUUUGAGGAUCAUCCCUAACCCUGCCUGCCUUGCCCGCCUGAAGAACCUGACUAUUGGUGGUUUCUCAACAGAGCUCAAGGAAUUUCCAGAUCUGGGCUUCAUCGGAUCUCAUCUUGAAGGAUUGACUUUGAUUGCAUGGGGAGAACCAAGAGAACGUCUGCUGGAUCAAAUUCAACACCUAACUGCCCUUAAGUCUCUCGAAAUAAGGGAUUCUGAUGGACUGGAAGCUUUGCCAAAUUGGUUUGGAAACUUAUCCUCUCUUCAAACUCUGAGGAUUUCCAACUGCAAAUCUCUGAAACAUAUGAAAGCCAUCCAAUGCCUGUCCGAAUUAAAAGGGCUUUAUAUUGAUGAAUGCCCUGAGUUAAAGGAAAGAUGCGCCAGUGGAAGUGGUUCCGAGUGGGACUACAUCUCUCACAUUCCAUACAUCAAAAUAGACUCCAAAGAGAUCCAACGCAAUGGAGCUCCCAUUGAGAUUCCUAGUCAAUUGCAUCAGGAUGAUGACAGUGAGCAGCAGGUUGAUGAUAAUGAGCAGGAAGAUGAUGAUAGUGUGCAGCAGGUUGAUGAUAAUGAGCAGCAAGAUGAUGACAGUGAGCAGCAGGUUGAUGAUAAUGAGCAGCAAGAUGAUAGUGUGCAGCAGGUUGAUGAUAAUGAGCAGCAAGAUGAUGAUAGUCAGCAAUUACCAGUGCAGCCUACAGGAUUGAGAUGCUUCAUUUGUUGCAGAAACUAAUAAAAUAGGAAGUAAAACAAGAUUCAAAAAUUAAAGGCUAGCAUCAUGGCUUGGGAGCCCAACCCAGACCACAGACUUCAAUGCUGAUUGUGAGGUUGGACUUUAUUUGCCAAAUUAAAACCUAUUAUGCAAUUGGUAUAGAGUAGCAUCAAAGUUUACCACUGAACUCAUUAGUCUUAUUGUACUGGUGUAUCACUUCUUUCUUCUACCAACUUAACUAUGAGGAAGGUUG